UUAGUUGAAGGACGAGAGGUGAAGGGAACGAACGCUACGAGUGAUCAACUCUCCGACAAACAGGGCUGAGCGCAAAGCAAAAAAGCGGCCAAAUUCAUGCUUCUACUUGCGCCCAUUCCCGUUUAAGAACCAAGAAAUUAUCCCGUCGUCGCUCUUCCCGCAACUUACUAUUAACGCGGCUACGCCCGAUUGUGAGUGAUGAUGACUAGUCCGCGGGAUAGUGCAACCUCUCGACUCCGUCAGACGCUCAAUCCACUUCGGACGACGGCUUUAGGCGGGUUUCACAAUCAGUUCAGCACACCGCAGUCCGCUGUCUCAAUUAGUUCAUCGCACAACUUCGCUGGAAUUCAUACGCCGGCUAGCUCUAUACAACCUUACAAUCCCCAACAAUGGGGGCCUUCUCCUGCGGUCGGCCCAGAGCGAACGCAUCAACUCCCCCCGCCAUCAGCGCUGCGCGAAUCGCAAGUCCCGGCACCGCCACCGCCUUAUUCUCCUCCUCGUAGCCAAAGGCCAAAUGGUGGUGUUCAUGAGACGUCGCCAGCGAAUAUAUCUGCUGUGCGAGUCCCCGCUUCGAGUGCUCAUCGUCCUUCACCAGAGCAGCCGAACAAUCCAAGCUUUCCCCCACCGCCGGGGGCAAAUGGACGCGGCGGCUCUCGCGAGAGGCGUUUUGGCCUUCCUUCAUUAACUAGACGAAGAGAUCGAGCGGCUGCCGAGACUACAUCACCUCCCGAUCCUCACCCCCCAGCCUCGUUAUGUCGCACCCAGACCCUCGCAGUACAAAUUCCCACACCUAUUCAUCCCACGGAAAACAACUUAUCUGCUAUUCCCCCCAGCGCGCGGAGAGCGGCAUCCGCGAGUGCUAUUGACACGCCUACCUCAGCUCGAUCCAGAUCAGCCUCUCAGUCGAGAUGGGAACCCGGCAUGCCUUUACCCCCGCCUCCACCAGGCCCUCCUCCACCACAGUCUAGGUCUCAGAGUCUAAGUAGGACUACUGAGCCUAUUGUCUCUCCACCAACGAGAAGACCACCUCCUGAGGGAGUAACUGCUCUUGGUCCUGUACCGCCAACCCCGGCCAACUGGAUCAAUGAUGAGCGUCAAGGGGAGCAUCUAGGCCGUAACAGAACACCGAACCCAGCUGGUUUAACUAUCGAUACGUCCGCCGCAGCUGAGUAUGGCUCACAAGCACAGCCUGAGUCUGCAUCUGCAUCCAACUCGGCGGGCUUAAACAGAACGGGGGCUGUUCGAGGCGAGAAGUCUAUCCGUGAGCGGAGGAACGAGAGUCGAACACGGCAAAGGUCAGAGAGUGAGAUUCAGCCGUUAUCUAAUAUUAUAGUGCCUAGUGCGCCGAGUUCAUCCCGGAGAACUCCAGCGCCCAAAGAAACUCCUCGUAGCGGCAGUAAAACAACGUCCGACAUGCCAAAGUCGGGAGAUGACGCGAAUAUGGAUUCUAGAAACUCCACACCUCGCCCAUCCGCCGGACUAGCGCCAGAAACACCGACGCCGCCAUUUUCUCCGCGGCCGCAAAAGGCUCACCAGAUCGCGGGGCCGGGUCACGCCAUAGCACCGAAGGCCCUUCCUACACCGCCCCCACAAAGUCGAUCAGGCUCCAACUCUUCCCAGGCACGACCAGAGAUACAUAGCUUGCUAGAUGGUUUAUCUUCGAGUGAUUCGUCUAUCUACCCUACGACUAAGCAAGCUGUCGUUAGUCAGACAGCCGAUCAAUUUUGUCGAGGCAGCAUCGGGCGAUUUCAAGUGUUUGCAAGCCAGGAAGCGACUGCGGCCUCAGACGCAGAGCGAGUCAAGCUAUUUACUGAUUUUAUAGUCAACGAAUCUAGACUACGACGCGAGAGAUAUUCAUCGGCUAUUGGAGCGAUGGGAUCCGAGAUAUUUGACUUGACGCGGGAUCUAUUCCGGCCCAUGAAGGUGCGGCGUGACUCGGCCAACUCACAGUUUAGCGAAUGGACUCCGCAGAUAUCCGAGACCACCUCGCAACGAAAUUCUUUCACUCCUGUUUCCCGUGAUCAAGGAAAGUCAAACUCCGCUCCGCCUUCCGCGAACCUGCCCCCCUCACCUGCAAAUGGACCACCGGUAAACCCGAAUUGGACCUCUCAGUAUAUGCCUUCAUUAUCGCCAAUCUUGAGCAUGAGUGUUAGCGAACACCUAGACGAGUCAAGUUCGCGAGGGCGGCCAGCAAGUCGUUGGUGGGAGUCGGAAUCGGGUGGCGAUUCAAAUCGAUUAGAAAGAACAAAGCGGGAAUCGAAGUACAUGGGUGUCCCUAAGGAAGCUAGAGAGGCUCUACAAUGGCAAGAUAUGCCACAGAGCGCAGACAGUCAAGCUGGGCCCAGCGACAGAUACUCGGAGAACGAGUAUCCGCCCGAAAAGGUCGGAUGGCAUGAGGCCAAACAAGAGACACCUCGACCAUACCGGAAUUCAUUGUUGUCCAUAACCUCUUCCGCGCCGAACACUCCGAGCCCGUCCCAUCUGGACGUAUCGCGGCUAGUCACAUUACCGCCGCCGUACCCACGCCACCACCCCGCAGUGAACAACAACCACCCCGAACUAUCAUCCAUACGCAACCACGUGCGGGCUCUAAGCGACAUGCGGGAGAUCCAAACAACCAAAGAGCGAUUCCAGCAAGAAACCCAGAAAGCACGGCACGAAGCCAUCCAAGCCGCCUCCACCCGCCAAAAGUCUCUCCGCGCCAACCUGCACCAAGAAAUCAGCUCGGGCAACAUGUCGUACGCGGAAGCCGCCGCGAUCGAAGCCGACACGCAAGCGACCGAGAACGCGAAAGCCAAAGAGCUCGAGAAGCAGGAAUUCGAGCGCUUCCAGACGUGCGUCGUGAUGCCGGUCAACGAACUCCUCACAUCCCGAAUCGCACAAGCCACAACGCUCUUCGACUCGCUGCGGUCGCGCCUCUUCGUCGAGACGCAGCAGGCGCCGGACCCCAACAUGCCGCAGGAGGAAGGCGACGAGCAGCCGGAGCUGCUGGAGAAGCUGACCCUCCUAAAAUGGAUCUUCGAGGCGCGCGAGGCGCUCCACCGCGACGUCUACGACCUCCUCUCCGCGCGCAACGACAUGUACAAGGAGAUGGUGCUGACGCCGUACCGGCUGUCGGGCAACGCGGAGAAGACGCGGACGGCGGAGGCGUUCUUCGCGGACGACGCGACGAAGCGGCGCGCCGCGUUCGCGGGCGAGGUGCUGCAGCGGACGCUCGAGUUCUUGGGCGUCGUCGAGGAGAACGUCGUCCGCGGCGUCGACAUGCAGCUCAACGCGUUCUGGGACCUCGCGCCCCCCUUGAAGCGGCUGCUCGACACGAUCCCGGCCUCCGUUGACGGCAGCUUCCGCAUCCAGAUCCCGCCCGCCGAGUACGACGAGAACCCGAGCUACGACGAGCACCCGCUGCAGUACCUCUUCAGCCUCCUGCUGCACGCCGAGAAGAGCACGUACCAGUUCAUCGAGUCCCAGACAAACUUGCUGUGUUUGUUGCAUGAGGUGAAAGAGGCUGUGUCGAGCGCGAGGGCGAAGGUCAGCGAGGCGGAGGGCCGCGAUCCGAGAGUCAUUGAGGAAGAGCGCAAGGCGGAGCAGACGCAGCUUACGGAUGAUCUGAAGGAGAAAGUACGCGUUGUGCAAGACCAGUGGGAGGGUGCGCUUGGCGAAGCCAUGAGGGGCGUGAAGGAACGGGUUGGGGAACAUCUCCUGUCGACGGGAGGGUGGGAUGAAAGUCUCGAGGAUGGGGGCGUUGGCGGUGUAUGAUGAGGAUAAAUAUUGGUGUUGAGGUUUUGAAGGCGAUGUUUAAGCGUCCCCCCCCCCCCAAAAAAAAAAAGGAGAAGAAAUAUUUGACGACGAUAGUCGAGCUCGGUUUAGUUCAGCGCUGGUGCAAUAGGAGUUGGCACGUGACUGGCUGCUUAUGCCUCCCUGCCUGCCUACUUGCGUGAUACCCCUUUUAGUUGAUGAUAGAUAUAUGCCUAGGUUACUUAGAUUAGGUAUGACGUUGAUGAUUUCAUGGUCAGGAUUCUUUUAGAUCUUUUAGUUUCCUUGGAUAGGCUUCACAGCAGUGGAUUCACCGAGGAUGAAUAAUGUUCUUAGAUCGAUACCUAUAAUAUAGGUAACUGGCAGUCAUAUAUACCUAUCUCGCAACUAUAUAUGCCACUCUGUUUGAUACC